AUGGACGACGAUGUGCUCGAGAUCGACAGCCCCAUGGAGAUGGCCGUCGAGUACGAGGACUCCGAAGACGAUGACGUCCCCACCCUCUCGCUCGACGGCGGGGCAUCGUCACCCGCCAAGGCCGCGGCAGGCUCGUCCUUGAAGCAGCCCAAGAAGGCCAAGGUCGAAAAUCGAAAGGCGCAGAUGGACUACCCAGAGAGCCUGCCGUAUCCGUGCGAGUCUCUCGACGAGUUCGACCGCAGGCUUGACGAAAUCAUCCGCAGGCUGGUCGACUGCGUCAGGACCAAGGACUUCGACGUCGGCUUGCGACGGUGGACGUACCAUCUCAAGUGCCUCAUGUCCCUCAAGUACCCCAUGCUGCGGCAGACGAGAGCCCGUCUCGCCAGGCUAUACUAUGAGCUUGCAGUCCUACCUGGUCUGGAGACGCGGCUGGUCCAACUGGCCUCGGAGGUCUGCAUGAGUCUCAUCGAGAACAAGAGGAAGCUCGACAUCAAGGACCUCGUUCUGCCUUGGAGGCCGUUGUACAACUUACUGGAGAAGGAGCUCUUCCCAAAGCAGCGGAGGACCGGCCUGACCAACGUGUCGGACUUCCUCCUCGAUCUCGCAGAGACGGCGCAGCGCUUCUUUGCGCCCAGCGAGGCCGACGAGAUGCUCCAGACGUUCCUGCCCAAGCUCGACGGCAGCAGCAUCAACUCGGUCAUCGCCUCGCAGGCGUUCCUCGUCCACUUUCUACCAAUCAGCCACCCGCAACGGUGGCUUCCCGCCAUGUUCCGGCUAUGGGAGAGCUUCAACUCGUCGCUGUUCGACGAUCAGAUGCUGGACCUGCUCGCCCGGCUUGCGGAGAUGCACGUAAGCGACCCCUCAAUCAGCUCGGCUUCGCCUGGAAACGGUUCCAGCGAGCCUAGAGACGCGCUUGAAGGGCAGGGCGAGGCCGAGGCCGCCGCCGAUAGUCGUCCCAGCAGCGCCGAUGCGGGGAAAGGCCUCUUUAACGAGGUCGGCAUCUUCACCGAGUCGCAAUUCGCCCUGAUCAUGACAAAGUGCCUCAAGUCGGCAGGCCUGCCCGUCGGCGCAAGCAAGAGCGCGAACGCGACGCUCCUCGCCCAGUCGUCCAAGUUCCGCACGGGGCCCGACGCGGCGGCGUCGGGCGUCACCCUCAAAAUGAAGAGGCAGACGGAUCGCCUACACUCGUUCGCCAUCAUCAUCGCCUACUCGAUCUCCCGCGACGGCCCGGCCAUCGGCGACGUGGUGACGCCGUCCGAGGCGACGACGCCAGCGGUCAGCACGCCCGUUCUUGGCGCCUCUCCCCGCGGGAGCGCGCCGGACAGCUCCUCCGUCCGCACGUAUCCGGCUGGUUCAAAGGCGCUCGAACAGCUGGCCAAGCUGAUCCAGGCCACCGAGAGCUUCUUCCACCCGUCCAACCACGGACCAUGGCAGGGGCAGCUCGCGAACCUGGUGCAGCACAUCACCUACGAGUUCCUCAAGCGCUGCAAGGAGGAGGAGCGGGCCGACUGCAAGGUGCCCAAGCACUACCGGCUCACGCCCCAGAUCAAGAGGGAGCUCGUCUCCAUCCUGCGCACCGUCUGCCUCCUGUCGAUGUUCUCCCGUGACCCGUUCACAAUGAGCUACGCGCACGCCAGCCUCAAGUGGCUGACGAUCCUCGAGCCGGAACUCGUCGUCCCGGCGGUGCUGGAGCGAUCGUUCGACUCGCUGCAGGCGCUCGAGACGACGCACCGCACCAACGCCAUCAUCACGGCGCUCUCGCAGCUCUCGCCCGUCCUGGUCUCGCGGGAGUUGUACCGCGCCGGUGGCAAGCACCUGACGCCGCUGCUGCAGCUCUGCAUCCCCGGCAUCGACCUCAACGACCCGGGAAAGACGAUCGGCACGUGCCUGUUUGUCACGCUCUCUGUCCUGUCCAUCCGCAUCGACGAUCUCACGCGGCCCGAGGCCUACGCAGACGACGAGGAGGUCCAGCCGAUGGACGAGGUCGACGCCGAGUCCUCUGAUGCCGCUGCUGCCGCCGCCGCUGCAGCGGCCCCAUCGAUGCAGAUCGACGAGUAUGGCGACGAGACGCCGAAGCCGUCGCCGCAGGAAGAAGACUAUCAGCUGCGGAUGAGCACGGCCGACUUCGAACCGUGGCUCACCGCGUUCUUCAAAAGCAUCCUCACGCUCUUCGAGGCGCUGCCAGAAGAAGGCCGCGCAGGCCGCACCGGCGGCAAGCUCGAGGAGCGGGUGAUCCAGUUCGUGCUGAUGGCCACCGACGCCGUCUGCUCGGCCAUGAGCCCUUACCUCUGCGAAAAGAUGUUCAAGGUCGUCGCCGAUUACUGCGCCACCACCGUCUCGGCGUCGGUCGUGCGCGUCAUCGGCGCGCUCAUCGGUUGCUUUGCGAGGGCGGAUCCCAAGAUGGUCCUGGAUCGGCUCGUCCCAAUGUGCUGCGAUAGGAUCGCAAUCGAGCUUGCCAACGGCGCCAGCUCGACGCGAACGACGAGCACCAGCAUUCCGGUCCAGAGCGAUGCCGCUCUCCACUGGCACCUGAGCGUGCUGCUCGGUGCCACCAGUCACGCCGGCGACGCGCUGCUUCUGCACCGGGAGCGGCUAAUCGAGGUGCUGCGGCUGGUCUGCACCUCCUGCAAGACGGAGCGCGGGUACAACUUUGCGGCGCGCCUCGUCCAGCGGGUCGUGGCGACGCUCAUCACCAUCUACCCGAAGGAGCAGCGCUUCGUCAAUGCCGACCUCUGGGAGAGCGAAGAGUUUGCCCGGCGAUCCCACCUGCACUGGGGAAAGCUCUACAAGGUCAGCGACGUCAAGAUCGAGUGGUACCAGCCCUCGGAUGCCUCCAUCGACUUCUGCCUCGAGGUCAUCGACAAGGUCAUCCAUCCAGCCCUCGACGUGGUCGAGGACCUGCUGCAAGAGGGUCGAACGCGCGACAAGGUCUGGUCCAACGACUUCUGCCGCAACCUGGUGGUCGCUCGCCUUGCCCUGGGCGGCAUGCCGGCGCUCAUCGAAGAGGACCACGUCGGUGGAGGCGACCCGGUCAUGGACCUAGGCGAUGACGUGGCCGAAUUCAUCGAGCCACCGCCUGCCUUCAAGAGCGGCUUCAUCUUGACGGACAGGUCAGACCCUCGCUACAUCAAGGUUGCGGCCUUCAAGAAGCGAUUUGGCGAACUGAUGGGCCGCGCCGCGCAGAACACGCACGACUCGGGCGCCGAGGAUCAGAUCGAUUGCGUCAAGCUCCUGAUCCGCUCGAUGCGCACCUAUCUCACCUGCUACGGCCACAGCUCCGACGACCACCGCGUGCACUCCAAGGCGCUCUCGUUCUACAGGAGCAUCACCAAGCUCUAUGCCAAGCAGAAGACGUUCCCACGAUCGCUCUGCAUCAAGCGGGCGAUGCUCUACCACUCGUCGCGCGCCAGGCUCAAUGGCGGCAACCGCAAGAGGUCGCCCGACACGGACAAGAUGCUGCAGCAGAUCCUCGAGUUCUGCCUGUCCAACUAUGUGGCCAUCCGGUCCACGGCACAGAACACGCUCGAGACCGUCUGCGCCUACUACGACGGCACCCGUGCGCUCUCGUUUCCCAAGCUGAUCGCGGCGCUGCAGCCGGGCGUCGGCGACGACCAGAUGAAGGGCGCGCUGUAUCUGCUCGGCAGCAAGCGCUUCGCCCACCUGGCCGUGACGGACGACAGGUUCUGCGCACCCUACAUCCUCAGCCUGCUUGCGGCCCAGCACCACUCGAAGCCGUCGAUCCAGAAGCUGGUCCGCAACAUCAUUAGCUACUUUGUCGUGCGCUUCGCCGAACCGUCGACGCUCAAGUCGCAGAUCGACACGCCGGCUCUGCGCGAGGCUGCCGAUGCCCUCGAGGGUGCCCUCCCACAGGACCUCAAGGAACGCCCUGCCUCGGAGCAGCAGCUUCUCGAAGCGGUCGUCGCCAAGCGCGUCGAGAGGACGGCGAGGGUCGACGAGCUGCACCGCGAGCUCACCGACAAGGUGCUCGAGAUCGCGCAGAACGAGUCAACGCACUGGGCCUUUUCCAUCUUCGCCGCGAGGCUCCUCCGCGCCCUCAUCCGCAAGGACAAGCCGCUGGCCGAGCAGCCGGCCAAGUACCUCGCCCAGCAGAUUCUCUCGGAAAACCCAAGCAUGCGACGGUAUGCGUCGGCCGGCGUCACCAAGAUUCUCUACUUUCUCAAGCUCAGGACGCUCUGCAGCACGGACGAGGAUCUCUUGUUGGGCAAGAGCAAGAACCCGCUCAAGCACGUCGCCGCCCUGCCACGGCCCGUGCCUGCGAACUGGACCGAUGCCUAUAUCGCCGAGUUUGCCGAGCCGAUCAACGACAAGACCCGGCUGCGCGACAAGUCGUCGCAAGGCUGGCUGGUCUGGGGCCACGAGGAGACGUACUACUCGCCACCGCCCGAGACGGACAACAUCUUCGACUGGGACCCUGCCUCGAAGCCGGCUGUCGAGGCGAUCCGGGCGGUGCUGUCCGACAGCGCCUGGUGGGACGGCUUCUUCCGCCACCUGUCGCAAGAAAAGGACCGCAACUACCUCUCUGCUGAAACGUCGAGCCUCAUCAAGUCGCUCUUCCAGGUCUACGGCGUCAGCCUGCUGCCCAUGGUCAAGCCUACCGUGGUCAAGUUUAUCGCGGAGAAGGACCGGCACAAGCAUCGUGCCGCCGCCGAGAUGAUCAGCGGCGCAUACCGCGGCUCCAAGCACUGGCCGGCGCGCGACCAGGCGCAGCUGUGGGCGUGGCUCGAGGAGCUGCUGCCGCAGAUCUUCAAGGAGUGCACGCCGGACAGCCAGCCCGCGUGGCAGAUGUGCGUCGAGUACAUGCUCCAGAAUCGCGACCCGCGCCGCGCCAUUCCGCUGGUGCGCUACGUCGUCGAAGCCGCCAGAGACAACAUCUCGACGGACUCGGCCAACCAGAGCCCCUGGGAGCAGACCAAGGCGCAGAACCUGCUGCGUGGCGCCCUCGUCACGCUCAACCUCAAGUUCGAUGCGUGGGGUGCCGACGAGUUCAUCCGAAUCUACACGGACAGCUUCAGCAACGACUUCCAGGAGGUGCGCAGCAUCAUCAGCGAGAGCCUAGCGGACCUGGAGCUGCUCAAGGUGCACCCGUCGUUUGGCAGCGUCGACGAGUUCCUCGACGUCUGCUCGGCGCGGGAGGGUUCGCUGCUGGCGCGGCCCGAGCUCUACUCGGAGCGCUUCGCCACGCUGGCGCGCGACCUGGCGCGGUGGAAGGGCGAGCGCAAGCCGACGGCGCAGGGCACGUCGCAGUACGACCGCGCGGCCAUGACGGCGCUGCUGUGGAUCUCGACGACGCUGGGCGACCACCGCAACAGCGCCAUGGCGGGCGAGGUGAUCCGCUUCCUGCCCUACAUCUUUGCCAUGGUCGAGGUGCACGACAACCGCGAGCUCUCGGACACGGCGCGCGCCGUCUUGACCAAAAUCUCGACCUACCCGCACACGGCCGACAACGUCGAGGCGCUCGUCCACGAGCUGCUCAGCGUCACGCGCUCGUCGACUGACUCGUGGCGCGCCCGCCUCGACUCGCUGCCCGUGCUGCAGGUCGUCUUUUUCCAGAACCUGUUCCACCUCAACGACGCGAGCAUCAAGCAGAUCAUCGACCUGCUGCUGGAGCUGCUGCGCGACCGGCACCUCGAGGUGCGCGAGAUGGCAGCGACGACGCUGAGCGGCAUCGUGCGCUGCUCGCAGCGGCGGCUGGUCAAGACGCUCAAGCAGCGCUUUACGCGCCUCGUCGCGGCCACCAAGCUGCCCAAGCGCGGCGAGGCCGACUUUGAUGACAAGCUCCUCACGCUCCACUCGGGCAUCCUCGGCGCCACGGCGCUCCUCGCCGCCUUUCCCUACGAGGUGCCCGAGUGGAUGCCCUCGCUCAUCGUCGAUACCGUCGCGCAGCAUACCGACGACCCCGUACCCAUCUCGACGACCGUCAGGAGGUGUGCCGCCGACUUUAAGAGGACCCACCAAGACACGUGGUCCGAAGACCAGAAAAAGUUUGGCGACUACCUCUCCGAGGUCAACGACUUUACCCUGGGCCGCUCCGACUACUUUGCCUGA